AAUAAUCAGCUUUUUGUGUUAAUUCUUAAACUCUCAAGCAACGCUAAACAUAACCAUUGUACAUUUUUACGCACAAACCAGUGCAAUGUAUGCGCGAGAAUAGUGGUUGGUACUUUGCUAUCACAACUGUCACUAUUGCGGGAAGCGACUAAAGAAAUUUUUCGCAUUAAAUGUGUUCUUUUUUCCACUAUAUAUUCAAUACUCUCGCUAUCUUUUCUCGGAAUAACAUAGAUCAUUUCACAAGUCAACAGUUCAGACAAUAAAACAAUUAUGUCAGUCCAUUAAACUCUCAAAAAAAAAGAAAUUGUAGUGAAAUUUUAUCGGUCUUUUUCAUGCUUUGACACCGCAACAAGUACCAAAAUGUUAACAUGGCAGUUUUCCAAAAUCUCUGCGUACAUAAUAACGGCUCUUGCUCUCCUGAAAUUUACACUUUCUAACAUUCCUAAUGAUUCAGACGACGCGUCUUGUUCGAUAGAAAACAACGUUCAGAAAUGUACUUCUAGUGAACCCGCCCAAGACAUGUACAGAAGAAUGUUGUUUCCGAAUCUCCAAAAGUGGUUUGAAAAAGUUGCCCUCCAACACAAAAAUAAUGAAAUCCAGAGACUCUCUGAGGUUUUUCCUCUUGAUUCAGAAAAUGAAAACUAUGUGAGACAAGUCAGGAAUGCUGUGUUUUCGAAGACGGACCCAACUCCGAUGAAGACGGCAGUAAAACUUGCUGGCACGUCUGCUGACGCUCUUGUUGACAUUCUUGAUCUUGAUGUCGAAGUGGGGAGAUCAAAGGAUUUUCUGGAGUUUGUAAGUGGGUUGCUGACAAUGCCUGGGUAUAGCCCUCUGGCUCACAGAUAUGGUGGACAUCAAUUUGGAUACUGGGCUGGACAACUAGGCGAUGGUCGAGCCAUCAUGAUUGGUGAAUACAAGAACAGCAAGGGUGAAAAAUGGGAACUGCAGUUGAAAGGAUCAGGUUUGACCCCAUACUCCAGGACUGCUGAUGGAAGGGCUGUGAUUAGGUCAUCAGUGAGAGAGUUUCUGUGCAGCGAAGCAAUGUACUAUCUAGGAGUUCCAACUAGUAGGGCAGCAUCCCUAGUAAUCAGCAAAGAUGUGAUCAUGAGAGACCAGUUCUACAAUGGCCGUGCUAAGUUCGAACGUUGUGCAGUGGUGCUGAGACUAGCUCAAUCCUGGUUUAGGAUUGGCUCCCUUGAAAUCCUAGCCUACAGUGGGGAACAAAAUCUUCUCAAGCAAGUUGUGGACUAUAUAAUCAAGGAAUACUUUCCCAAAAUUGACCCUGAGGCUUCAGACAGAUAUCUGACAUUCUUGGCUGAUGUCGUUGAGCGUACUGCGAAACUGAUGGCCCAGUGGCAGAGUGUAGGUUUUUCUCAUGGAGUCAUGAACACAGAUAAUUUCAGUUUGUUAGGUAUAACUAUAGAUUAUGGUCCGUUUGGCUUCCUGGAUGAGUACAAUCCAGAUUUCAUCCCAAACACGUCUGAUGAUGAUGGUAGGUAUAGCUACAAGAAACAGCCAGAUGUAGGCUUCUUUAAUAUGCAGAAACUAGGUCAUGUCAUGCGGGCAGUCCUCAGUGAGAAACAGACCAGGCAGGUUGAUGGAAUCCUGAGGGGUUAUCAGGUGCAUUAUGAUAAGGCUUUCUUGGAAGUAUUCGGGGGUAAGUUGGGCUUACAGGGUACUGAUAGCAAGGAUGAAAAACUGAUCAAUUCCUUGUUAGAUAUGAUGAAAACAACCAGAACCGAUUUCACCAUGACAUUCAGACAGUUGGGGGAUGUAACAAUAGAUGAGCUGAGGGAGGGGAAGAUCUCUGAUGAUCUCUGGGCAUUGAAAAGGGUCUCUUCUCAUGAGAAAUUCUCCAAGUGGGCAGAAAAAUACCUGAAAAGAAUUGAAAAUUCCAAGAUAACGGAUGAUGCAAGAACAGAAAUUAUGCACAAAAAUAAUCCCAGGUACGUCCUGAGGAAUUGGAUUGCCCAAGCUGUGAUAGAGGAUGUCCGGAAAGACAAUUUUGAUACCUUGGAAACUGUACAAAAAAUACUUAAGAAGCCUUUCACUGAGCAACCGGAGGCAGAAGAACUUGGGUAUGCUGCUGCUCCACCUGAUUGGGCAAAGCAAAUCCGGGUGAGCUGCUCGUCAUAAUUUCCUUUUGCUCAGUAUGUAUCUUGGGCAUUGUAGAUUACAGUGCAACCUCCCUUAACAGUCACCUCUGUUAGCAGGGGACCCUCUCCAUUAGGGACAGUUACAAUUCGACCUGUAAUGUUAUUGUAUGAAAAUUUCAUAUUUAAGAAUAUUCGUAUUAAAUUAAACAUAGUUAAAUUGAUGUCUUUCACUUUUUCAAUAAUGAGAAUUUUCAAUUUGUAGCUCAUAAAUUUGUUGAAUUGAAUGUAUUCAUUGCUAAUAAAUUCUGUAAA